GCUGAUGCGCGCUGUCUGUUGACCAAAAAAAGUCUAAUAAACAACUAAAAACGUGAUAAAUACAGUAAUUUGAGUGUUUUUUUAAUUUUUUGAAGAAAAAGCGUUUUAAUGAACCACUAAGAUAAAUAGUUACAAAAAGCUGUAAAGAAUGGAUGCCAAAAGGAGAUUUCCUUCUGGACAUAAUCUGACUUUAAGCACCAGAAAGAAAGAAAAAAAGUGCCAAAAAUGUGGAUUUGUUACGUUUUGUCUGCGUGUGUUAUAUAAGCACAGGAUUAAAUGUGUUGGGAAAUUAAUAGGUUCUCCAAUUGCAUGUUGCUAUUGCAAAAGAAAAUUCAUUUUUUUCAAUUCUUUUAAGCACCAUAAACAGACCUGUGUCAAAACUUAUUUAAGAAGAAAAUAUUUUUUAAAAAAAUUUCAAGCUUCAAAAAGAAAGCCUGGUUCAUCUGCUCAGUUAAAUCAAUCAACAGGAAAACAUAUCAUUGUUUGCCCCAUUUGUUGUCAAUUCUUCAAAAACCAACUAAAAUAUAACAAUCAUCUUCAAAGAGGUAUUUGUAAAUCUAAGUCAUCAAAAUUGCAAGAAAGUUUUUCUGCUCGCAAAAGUUUUGCGAAGGAUAGUAGUAAGCAUCUGCAAAAAAAUAGAUCUUCCCAUGAAAAAUAUCCACCAAACAAUCAAUCUUUUAGAAACAUGAAAAGUGAUCUUCAUUCAUUUGCUAAACACACACAUUCUUUCACUUGUAUGUGGUGCAAAAGCGAGUACCCGACGGAAAUGUUACUGUGUAAGCACUUUGAAAAAAAUGAAGUGUGUGCAGAAGUUUUUUAUAAAUCAUGUGUUAAGAAGAGAAAAGAAAGUUUUAAGGCCAGAAAAAGUGUUACGCAUGUCCUUGCUAGAAAAUCGGUUUCCAGUCAUAAAAGCAGACAACACAUAGGACAGUUGAGUUUACCACAUGAUUCUGGUGGUUCAGCAAGAAAGAGUUUUAGUUCUCCUUUUCAAAAGUAUUCCAAUAAAUAUAAAAGUCUUUCUGCCCGUUUCGCAAAGCCUUUUCUGAACUACUGUCCUGUUUGUUUUGAAAAAUUUCAAGAUUCUCAUAGUUAUUUCCUGCAUCAGAAGAAAUUUAACCACUGGGGAAAAGCAACUAAAUCUGCGAAUGUUAAAAUAAAGUGUCCUUUUUGCAAUAAAGAUUUUUUUCAUAUUCGAGCUCGUAAUAUUCAUUUACGUAAUCAUGCUGAUAAAUCUGAGGAAGAAAUAAGGUUAUUCCUCAAAAAUAGUACCUGUAACAUUUGUUCCCAGAUCUUUGAAUCAGAAUCCAUUAAGCAGCAGCAUGAAAAGCUUGAACAUAGAAAUGAGCUUUCAGAUCUAAAUCCAGCUGUGCAGUUUCUUGCUGGCCUAUCUAAUAAUACAACGUCCAGUAAGAAAAAUUCAAAUGUUAGGCUAAAUCCCGACGAAUUGCCUGCUGCUUUAAAAAAGAAAUUGGAUCUAUUUCGCAAUUCUUGCCCAAUUUGUAUGACAGAUUAUCCAUCUCCAUUUAUACGUGAUAAGCAUUUUUGUAAAAACCACUUAGAAAGGGUAAUUACAUGCAAAUUUUGCUUUGUUAAACUCAAAAAAGGUGAAAAUUUGCCUUUGCAUUUACAGGAAUUUCAUGGUGAUAAUCUUUCUUUUAGUUGUAAAGAAUGCAAUGUUUACUUUUUAUCAGAACUUCAUGUCCAACAGCAUGCCUUAAAAGCACAUCCAAAUCGAAAUCCCAAAUCUUUUGUUUGUUGUCGAAGCACUAUAAAAACCCUUAACACUGAAGAAAUCUAUGGUGGAAGAAGUUAUAUUGAAAAUGAUCAGCAUACUUUAGAAUAUUAUUGUGACAUAUGUCAAAUUGGAUUUCAAAAAUUAUGCGGUUUACAGCGGCAUCGACAGUCAAAGCAACAUAGAGAUACACUGAUAAAAAAUCUUGAUGCUGUUCACAAAUCAUUAUCAAAUUUACCUCCUUCCCCUGCUCCAAUUCCUAAAAAAGCAACUAAGGAACCUGAGGUCAUUUGUUGCAAUGAAUGUUUGGAGGAAUUUUCAUCAAUAAAAGAUUUUGUUCCACAUCGUCUCAGCCAUUUUAGUGUUCAAAAUAAGUAUUUGGAAAUUGAUGAAUUGAAUCCUUAUGUUUGUGAAAUAUGUAAUGAUGAAAUGGACAGUCACUCAAAUGUACAACAUCAUUUAUUUUGGCACUUACAGUUUAAAACUGUUGAUGAUAAAAUUGCUACAGCAAAGAAGAGUAACUUAAGUACUGUUGAUAAAUUAGGUGGACAACAUGUUGCAAAGAAAUCUUUUAAUUUGCAAAAUUGUGAAUUAUUACAAGAAGUAACUAUUGGUGGUAUUAAAAAGUCUUUAUUUACUUGUGAUUCUUGCAAUAUUGGGUUUACUACAAAAGCUCAUUAUAAUGUACAUGUGCGGAAAUUUUGCAAAAUGAAAAAGAAGAUAACCCAGCUUUCUCUUGAAAAAGCAAAAGGUUUUGUAGAGAAAGAGAUUUUCUUGCACUGCACAGAUGAUAAAAAUAAAGGAGAUUCACAUAUUACUGGUGGAAAAAGCAUUAUUUGCUCUGCAUGUAAUAGUCUAUUUUCAACUUUUGGUAUUUAUGACAAGCACAAAAAGUUUUGUUCUAACUACUAUCAUGAGGUAGAAAAUUUAGAACCAAACAAAGAUAAUGUAGAAUACAUAAGAUCUGCCAUGGAGCUUCAGUGUUCUAUUGCAGGUUGCAUCUCAUGUAAUUUAACAUUCAGUGACAUGGAACAGUAUUUUGAUCAUAUGUUGACGCAUCUAGAUCAAACUUCUGAAAAAUGUGAUUCAAAUCCAGAAACUAAAUUAAAAGAAACUGAAGGGAAUUUUGCUACACCAUUUCACUGCACUGUUUGUAACUGCCUUCUCGUUUCUUCAGAUGUUUUAGAAUAUCAUAAACAGUUUUGUAAUAAAGUCAUACAUAAGGAAUCAAAUAGUGACGUAAAUGCAAUUAAGUCUGCUUUAAGACUUAAUUGUGCUUUAUCAGCAUGUAUUUCUUGUAGUUCAUUAUUUGACAAUCUUGAACUUUUUACUGAGCACAUGAUUCUUCGUCACACAGAAUCAGCAAACGAGUCCAUCCAGAAUGAAACCACUGAUAAAAAUCCUCUCAAUGAAUUUGUGCCUUUAAAAGAUCACAUUGCUGAGGUUGAAAAAUGUGCAUCAAUCGAUGCUAAUCUGUCUGUAGAUUCAUUAUUGGAUGAGUUAGGUGAAAAUUGCUCAGACUCUUUUGUUUCUAACAACAUAACUGAACAUCAGAAAGCUUUAGAUUUUUCUGAUGCAUUCUCCUUAGUGACAAAUUCAGCUGAGGCAAUUGUUCCUGAUUGCCCUGUACCUGCCAUUUCUGUUGAGAGUACAAAUGAAGGUGCUGAUUAUACACUUGAAAAAUUACGUAGCAAAUUUUCAGAGUUACUUUAUAUUCUAGUUAAGGACCCUGAUUUGAUGCAGAAGUUAGGAUACGGUAAGGAACUAAUUGAUGAUGUUCUUAUCAAAGUGUUGCAACACGUUGAACAACCACCUAUUCUAGAUGACCAGGCACCAGAUUUGGAACGUUUACGGAAAAACAUUCUUAUUCUUUUGAAUUUUUGUCUUCAUGCCUCAAUUAUGGAAGUUAUUUCUACUGGAAAAGCUUCUACUGAUGAAAUGGUUGAUGCAGCUCUUAAGAUACUAAGAUAAACUAUCACUGCCAUGUAAAUAUCUAAACACAUUUUUUAUGUUGUUCAUCAUUUACCUUUAAACAUGCGUGAAUGUUCUUGAUUUUUCAUCCUUCGCUAUUGUUAAAUGUUAUCACAUGUUUGCAGUUUUAGACUAUUUUUAAAUAUAUUUUGACUUGUUUCAUAUGUUAUUUUUGUGGCACUCACGAUUUGAAAAGAGAAUUUGUAAUUGAAGUUAAUUAGUUGACAAAAGAAAAGUUCAAAUAUAUAGGCGAAUUGAAAUGUGUAUUAGAUUUUUUUGUUAUUAUUUACAUUGCGUUUAAAAAAAUCUUUCAGGUCUUGACCGUGUGCAGUUUUACCUGAACUCACCAACAAUCUGAAAUGUGUAAACAGUGCUUAUACAGUGAAACCUCCGAAUAGCGGACAGUCAAGGGACUAGAAGUUUUGUCCGUUAUUGGGAGGUGUCCGCUAUUAGGAGGAACUACUUAAUUUACCUUUUUCAAAAUGGGCUGUUGUUCCCUUUGUAGAACACAAUCGAAACAAUUGCGAAAGGUUUACUACAUUUUACGUCAAGUGUAAUUAAUCUGUUUUUUCUUAAUAAAGAUAUACUGACAGCACACACUUGUCUUAAAAAGCAUUUAAUCAAUUAAAGUAAUCAGUUAAAACAGUUUGACAUCUCUUUUUUGCAUUACCAACGGCGGCGAUUCGGCGGAGUAACCCCCCUCCCCCCACACACUUUUUAUGGUUAAUUUAUUUAUUUUAUCUCGAGUAUCACUAUUGCAUGAUUGACAGUUGGCAAUAUGACCUUGAAUAUGGGCAAAUCUUUUUCAUGUCUAAAAAUUAAACAACCCAACGAAACCACGGCGCCAUAAAGCCAACUACUACCGGCGCAGGUCUGCUCAAUUGCAUCUCCCGAGAGCCCCACUUAGAAAAAGCGCUCAGUUUCUUCUUUUUUAUCUUAACUUUUGAAUAGUUAUUGUGUACAAAAUUCAUUAAAAUCUUAAGAAAAACGUACGUUAAUUGUUAGGCUGACAUCAGUUUUCACUUAUCUGCUUCAAUACUCUCAAAACUAGCCGUUACA